AUGGACGUGAAUGAAGACACCAUUCCGGAGCUGCAGCCCGUCUUCUCGUUUCUAAACAGCCAUUCCAACAAGCUUUAUCAUGAGGGUUAUUUCCUCAAGCUGGACGAUCAAAACAGCCAGGGCAAACCUAACCCCGAUCGGACAUGGACCGAAUGCUUCGCACAACUGGUGGGCACCGUCCUCUCGCUCUGGGACGCUGCUGAGCUUGACGCCGCGGGCGAGGACGGGGAGGUGCUCCCCAAGUUCCUCAAUCUGACAGAUGCUUCCGUCAAAAUGAUCGAAUCGCUGCCCACCCGCUCUAGUGACGAACAGCCUCUCCAGAACAUCCUCAGCGUCUCCACGGCCGGCCGUAAUCGGUACUUGCUACACUUCAACUCGCACCACUCUCUUGUGCAGUGGACAGCUGCCAUCCGUCUCGCAAUCUAUGAACACAACACCCUGCAGGAGGCGUAUACCGGCGCCCUGAUCGCAGGCAAGGCCAGGUCUGUGAACAACAUCAACGUGAUCAUGGAGCGCUCCCGCUUCAACACAGAGGAGUGGGUUCGAGUCCGCUUUGGCGCCGGCGUCCCCUGGAGACGCUGCUGGUGCGUGAUUACGCCUCCCAACGAGAAGGAGUACGCCAAGCAGCAGAAGGAGAUGCGGAAGCGAUCGCCGUACGACCGGUCGCACAUACCUAAUCUGAAAGGUGACAUCAAAUUCUACGACCAAAAGGCCGAUGGCAAGAAGCAGAAGAAAUUGCAGCCCAUUGCGACCAUCACCGACGCCUACUCGGCAUAUGCAAUCUAUCCUCAAGCCAAGGCGCUCAUCGAUGCAUCCACCCUACUGAAGAUUGAAGGCAAUGUGACUGUCCACACGGAACCUCCCACCUCAUCCGAGGGCUUCGUCUUCAUCAUGCCCGAGGUGCGUCCCAUGGUCAGUGGCUUUGAGAUGCUCCUGCGUUUCCUGUUCCCGACGUGGGACACCUUUGCCUUGUACGGUCGUCCCGGAAAGCUCGUCGCCAGCAUUCUUGAUUCGAGAUCCCUCAUGUUCGCCAUGCCCAAGCACAAACGCUACGGAUACUUGGAACCCUUGGAUGUGACCAACCUGAUCAACGAAGGCUCCAGCGGUACUUGGACCGAGCAAGAGUGGCGAAGGCGCCUCAAGGAGGCUACAGGCACGCGCAUGAACGCCAUUGAGGACGGCACCAGGUCACCCAAGUCUCACUCGCGCAGUGCAAGCCGGAGCAGCGGUAACAAGGUGUCGUUUGGUCAAGAUAACGGUAGGCCCAAGGUGGGCUUCGCAGGUGAGCAGGUCAGGGGCUCGCGAUCUUUCUCCCUCAACGGUCCCAACGCUCCACCUGGGCAUGGCAUGCUCGGCGCACCUGGUUCAGGUCAGGAGCAAAUGGCACGUGGCCAUGUGCGCAACACGUCGGACCCAAGCACGCCCGGCGCCAAUCCCUACGACGACGACCACGGUUCGCCGCCCGGACGCGACCUGAGCAACAUACGUGGCCUGAACACGCCCGAGCCCGUCUCGCGCCCCCCUGAAUUCGGAGCCAAGCAGCACCAAGGCCGUCCUAUCAGCAGGGCCUACCACUCACCGGAACUGCGUCGGGCUAACAGCCGCCUUUCUGCCACCACACUCGCGCAACUGGCCAAGGCCGGCGGACUCGAGGUCAACGACCAGAACACUGGAAUGUCACAGGACAGGAGGGCGAUGGAGGAUGGAGCCAUUGCAGGGCCUUCGGUACAUCACCACGCCAACCCCAUGGGACCAUCUGCUAACGACAAUCGUUCUCGUGAAGCUCUGAGUCCUCCAGGUCAAAUCCCAUCGCACAUGCCAGCGCCGCUCAACCUUCCGACGAACCGAUCAGAGUCCCCGUUUGGCCCCCCGAGCCCCUAUGGCGGUGGGCCCAACUCAUCUCGGCCGAGUACGUCAGAUGGUCGCCGUUCGCCUUACCCGCCAGGACAUUCAGGUACCCCCGGAGGCCAGAUGGGCGUCGCCGGCGCGCCUCGAUCGCCUCGGCCACCACCCCAAGGCACCCCUCAGGGUGGGCAGCCCCCACCAGGCCGUGGGCGGCCACCGCCCAACAUGCGACCGCCACAGCACGGCCCCCCCUCCGACUACUUUGGCCGAGGCCGAGGCGGGCCCCCUCCAGGCCAAGGCGGCCGCGGUGGUUAUGGACCUCCAGGCCACGCCCAGCGGAUGGUGCUUCCAGAGAGAUCCGCAAGCUUGAACAAGCACGGGAGCACCACCGCUGACGAGAUCAUCGAGUCGUACACAACGGACCGUGGCCCGCCACGCGAUCAGUAUGGGCGCCCGCCUCCCAGUCGUGGCGCGCCUGCCCCAAGUAAUGGGUUCGCGGACGGGCCUGGACCUGCUGCACGUCGUGGCCCUCCCACUCCCAUGGAGUAUACCGACAGCUACGCCCCGGCUGGCUCCAACCCUUACCAGGACGAUGUUGGCUACUCGGAUGGGGCGCGCUCUCGUGCCGGCACGAUGCGUUCCACGGGCAGUAACCACGAGCCCGGCGUAGCUCGUUCUGACUAUGGCUUCCCAGACGGUGGCUACGGAUCCCGGGGCUUUGCGCAACCCCAACCAGGGCCGCCUGCCCCUUUUGCCCAACCUCAACGCCCCUACUCUCCGGUCGGUUCACGUCCAGGCACAGCUCAAUCUGGCCGGGGAGGUAUGAGGCAUGACGAGCCUCAGCAGCGCAACAUGAACUGGCAAGGGGCGCCGGGGUCCCCAGGCCAGGGCGGGCCUCAUCCCUACGGCAACAGAGGUGCUGCACCGAGUCCUGGCCCGGGUGGCCAGCCCAACAGCUUCUCGAGGCCUAUGCAACCGGGCGCCCAGCCCACUGAUGCUCGUAACAUGCCACCCCAGGGUCAGUACGGCGGCCCGGCACCUGGGCAACGUAACAUCCACCCUCAUUACCAAGGACAGGCGUUUUAG